CCCCCCCCCAUACGCAGCUCAUUGACAACAAGCUCUGAAAACCAGCCAGGAAUCAUCAAAUGCGUUUCUGCGAGAGAACAGAGUCAAGCAAUGAAGAGCAAACCUCAGGGCACUGAGGAGCAGGGAGGGAGGCGCGGGCACUGGGAGGGGAAGGAUCCAAGCACAGGUCUGACUCCUGACUGGCUGGAGUGGUUUUGGAGAAAGUCAGAGCACCACAAGCCAGUCGGGAGCUGUCCAACUUUUCAGCAGCGCUCGAGAUUGCGGUUCAGGUGCCCCGACUCAAGAGCGGGCUCCAGCAGAGAGGCGGCUUUGGCAGCUCCAGCCGCCAACGGUUCCUAAUCUGUCGUCGGCGCCCAGAGGAAGGAAGGGAAGAAGAGAGGAGGAAGAAGGGACAGACCAUCGGCGAAGCCGCACAUCAGAGUAGUGGUGACUUGGGGAGCACAGGAGCGUCUCUGCCACGGUGGCCGUGCUGGGAGCCCUGUGGCGUUUUGUGAUCGCUCCCGCUGGCAGAGCCCCCUCUCGGUAGCCUCAGCCUCUGGUGGCUACAAGUCGGAAGCUGAGCCCAGUCUCCAGAAGCGGCGGCGGCGGCGGCGGCAGCAGCGGGGAGGCGCUCCAUCCAGCGCGGUGAACCCGGCGGGGAAGCAGGGCGCGAAGCCGGCCAGGAUGGAGGCAGAGGGCAGCAGCGUGCCCGCCCGAGCGGCCAGCGGCGAGGGCAGCGACGGCGCCGGCGGAGUGGCGCUCAAAGCCCCCAAGCAUCUCUGGAGGCACGAGCAGCACCACCAGUACCCGCUCCGGCAGCCCCAGUUCCGCCUCUUGCAUCCCCACCACCACCUCCCCCCGCCGCCGCCGCCCUCGCCCCAGCCCCAGCUGCAGCCACCGCCGCCGCCCCCACUGCCACCGCCCCCGCCGCCGCCCGGGGCUACCCGUGGCCGCUACGCCUCGAGCGGGGCCACCGGCCGCGUCCGGCACCGCGGCUACUCGGACACCGAGCGCUACCUGUACUGUCGCGCCAUGGACCGCACCUCCUACGCGGUGGAGACGGGUCACCGGCCCGGUCUGAAGAAAUCUAGGAUGUCCUGGCCCUCGUCGUUCCAGGGACUCAGGCGGUUCUCCAGGCUCUUCUAACCUCAUCAUUAGGUCUGCCUGCUGCCGUCCUGGUUUCACCUUUCUUGGACAAG